UUAAAACAAUUAAAAUAUUAACUUAUGUAACACAUUAAUAUUAAUAAUAUGUUUACAAACAACCAUCGUUUACGACACGAUGAAAAAUAUUAUAAUUUUAUUACUGUCGAUUAUAGCGGCAUGUUCGUUUGAACAAAAUUCGACUAAUUACAAAGGACUUAUAUCUAAUGGCGUUCAAUAUGAUCCUAAAGAAUUUCCAUACGUAACGACUAUUCUAUUAUUUGAGGACAAUGGGGCAAAUUAUAGUGUCUGCACAGGAUCAUUGAUAACAAAAUAUUUCGUUAUAACCGCUACUCACUGUCUUCUCGAUAAAACGAUUAAGUUAAUACGAGUAUAUGCUGGACCAAUGGCUAAUUCUAAAUAUCACAAGGUAAAACAAGUGUACAUACAUAAAGACUUUCGAUUAAGUAACCCUAGUGAAGGUUCAGACGUAGGUCUGAUAAAAGUAAGCGUAUAGCAAAUUAUUAUUUUUGUUAAACAAAGAAUAUUUCUGUUUAUCUGUAAGUACUUGGCCAUCCGUCAAGAACAUCCAGUAUUGCAACCAAUGCCAUAAGUCAUAACCAGGGUUAACAUCCAACCAUCCCAUAUGGUCGACAACCAUUCGUAACCUGUGUGAGGGGAGGUAUUAAGGCUCAAGUCCCGGUGGGGUCUCCCCCUUUAACCAUCUAAGCGGAACUGGCUGCUUCUCGCCUUAACGGCGCAGUCUCAUCCCUCCAGGUGGGUACAUUGGGCGCCCGAGCGC